CGAGGAAGUCCUGAGGCAGAACGCCCGCGAUGAAGCUCAUCACCAUGGCCCUGGUGUGCCUGCUGGUGGCAGGGAUGUGUCUGCAGGCUGUGGACAGCAGGAGCUUGCAUGUGUCGACCUCCCAUUGUUGCUUUGCAUUUGCGAAGAAAAAGAUUCCCCUGAAGAAAAUCCACUGUUACAAAUACCCCAGUUCCUCCUGCUCCCACAGCAAUGGUGUAAUAUUCAACAUGAAAAGUGGCGCACGGAUCUGUGCCUUGAAGAAAGACAAAUGGGUUGAAGAUAGUUUAGAAGGUAUAGACCUCUGCGGACCAGCGAAAAUAUGAUCAGACCCCUUUCUACCUUGGACUCCAGAGAC